AUGGGCCUCCUCGAAGUGCUAAAGAAGUUCAAAAGUACCCAGAACAAAGAAUUGCGGAUACUGUUGCUAGGUCUCGACAACGCCGGGAAGACGACGAUUCUAAAGGGGAUGGCCAGCGAGGAUAUCGCACACGUGACGCCAACGCAGGGCUUCAACAUCAAAUCCGUCGUCUCGGGCAACAUCAAGCUGAACGUGUGGGAUAUCGGCGGCCAGCGGAAGAUCCGGCCGUACUGGAAGAACUAUUUCGAGAAGACGGAUGUUCUGAUAUACGUCAUCGACUCGUCGGACAAGAAGCGCUUCGACGAGACCGGGAUGGAGUUGAUGGAUCUGCUGGAGGAGGACAAGCUCGCACAUGUGCCGCUACUCAUUUAUGCAAAUAAACAGGACCUCGUCCACGCAGCCCGAGCCUCAGAAAUCGCCUCCGGACUCCAGCUCCUCGCCAUCCGAGACCGAGACUGGCAAAUUCAGCCCUGCUCCGCCGUCACAAACGAGGGCGUCAAGGACGGCCUCGACUGGUUAGCCAAGAUUAUGGAAAAGAAGAAA